ACGGACCACAACUCGGACAACACAACUGCAAUGCUGCAGGAGUGGCUGGGGGCGGUGGGGAAGGACUACCACUCGGUGGCCUGGAAGGUACAGGAGGAGCCCAGCUCCUACCCCGAUGAGCUCGGGCCCAAGCACUGGAGUGACAAACGCUAUGAAAACCUGAUGAAGCUGAAGCAGGAGGCUCUCACCUACGCCCGGGAGCAGCGGGCAGACUACAUCCUGUUUGUGGAUACCGACAGCAUCCUGACCAACAACCAGACCCUCAAGUUUCUCAUGGCGCAGAACAAGUCAGUGGUGGCCCCCAUGCUGGACUCACAGACCUUCUACUCCAAUUUCUGGUGUGGCAUCACGCCCCAGGGGUACUACCGCCGGACAGCCGACUACUUCCCCACCAAGAACCGGCAGCAGGUGGGCUGCUUUGCUGUCCCCAUGGUCUAUGCCACCUUCCUGAUAGACCUGCGGAAGGAGGAGACAUCACAGUUGGCUUUCUACCCGCCCCAUCCCAACUACACCUGGGCCUUCGAUGACAUCAUCGUCUUUGCCUACUCCUGCCAGGCGGCUGGCGCGGAGGUCCAUGUGUGCAACCAGCAGCGCUUCGGCUACAUCAAUGUCCCUGUGAAGGCCCACCAGACGCUGGAGGACGAACGCGCCAACUUUGUGCAUCUCACGCUGGAGGCCAUGGUGGAUGGCCCCCCCAUGCAGCGCUCCAGGCACAUUUCCCUUCUCCCCAAGCCACUCACAAAAAUGGGCUUUGAUGAGAUCUUCCUCAUCAACCUGCUGCGGAGACCGGACCGGCGCCAGCGCAUGCUGGCGUCCCUGCAGGAGUUGGAGAUAGCCCCACGGGUGGUAGAUGCUGUGGAUGGGAGCACCCUCAACAGCAGCGACAUUAAGGUGCUGGGGGUGGACCUGCUCCCUGGAUACUACGACCCCUUCUCUGGCCGCACGCUCACCAAGGGUGAGGUUGGCUGCUUCCUCAGCCACUACAACAUCUGGAAGGAGAUUGCGUCCCGGGGGCUGGAACGGUCAGUCAUCUUUGAGGAUGAUGUGCGCUUUGAGGCUGCCUUCCCGGCGCGGCUGCGGCGGCUGAUGGAGGAGCUAGAGGGAGCACAGCAGGACUGGGACCAUGUAGGGGCAGGGGCCGGGGGGACGGGGGGGGGGGGGCCUUGGGGCGUGCUGGCUGCAGAGCCCCUCUCCAAAAUGCUGCCAGUGGAUGAGUUCCUGCCCAUCAUGUAUGACAAGCACCCCAAUGAGGAUUACAAGCGGCACUUCGCCCCCCGGGACCUGCUGGUGUUUUCGGCUCACCCCCUCCUGGUUUAUCCCACCCACUACGCUGGGGACAGCAACUGGCUGAGUGACACCGAGACCUCCACCAUCUGGGAUGAUGACACCAAGAAGACUGACUGGGCUGGCUCGCAGAAGACGCUGAGGGACUCGCGGGGCGGUGCUGGCUACCUCCGCUCCACAGCCCACGACGAGCUCUGA